GCUUGGGUUGGGAACGCGGCUUCUUCAUCGGGCGGCGGCCGUGCGCCGCAGGCAGGUUAUGAGAGCGGUUCUUGGGAGACCUCCUGGAGUGUUCGGGGGGCUUCGCGGAUUCGUUCCACACAAGGCCGAUCUGCAAAUAUCUCCAUCCUGAUAGUUAUCCUCCUGCUGUUUGCGGGGGCGGCGGUACGGGGAGAUUGCAAUGCCGAGCUGGCUACCCCCUGUCGGGACAUUGGGCAAGUUGGUCGAGCUGCCAAGUGGGUUGAAGGAUACCUAGCACAUGCCUUUCAUGACGGCACCUUCUUUCUCACCUCUGUCCUCCCAAUUAUGCUUCUCUGUCUCCCGCUUCUCUUCAAUUUGUAUGCCCAUGGGUCAGUACUGCCGUUGCACCGUUGCCGAGACACAUGUCUCCAGCAGUCCACUGGCAACGUUCAUCUCUGUGUUCGGGCCUUGCCUUUGCGUUGGUGGGUUGGUAUCGGAGUGAUAUCGGUUACGCUCCUUCGGCCGGUUGCAGGGGUGCAGGUCUUCGACCUCUGUAGCUCAGACGCUGUUCCCGACGGUCCACUUGCUGAGGCUAUGACUGGGGGAAGCCUUGCCAGUGACACCGGCCUUGGGUCUCACACUUGUGCUCCUUGGGUCGCCUCGGCGCCGUGUGCUCUCUCUGUGGGGCGGGCAACGCAUCGCCCUGUUCCCACCCCAUGUCGACAAGGUUUCGGACGGGUGGCCGCGGUUGCCUUGAAUCCCGUUGUUGAGGACUGCCAUGUCGAUGAGCCGCUAGUCACGCUUCUGGAGCAGGCAAGGCAAGCUGAUCCCCAUGCUGCGUUUGCCGAGACCCGUAUCCUUGUUGAGACCCUCUAUGAGCACUUUGGAACCCAUACCAGCCAGCAACUGGCCUCAACCGCUGCACGGAUCCGUGUCCCCAUCUCGCUCGAUUUUUCCGUGCCAGCCGUGGGGAUACCUUCCUACGCGGAUGUUGAAACCUUCCGGCUUGACGCAGGCCAGUGCCUCCUUCCUUGCUCCGAAGCCAUGUAUCGAGAGCUCCUACAGUCUGUUUCCUUUUGCCGCUUGGUUCGGCCAUAUGGGGAUCUGCCGGAGCCUGAGCGUUUUGCGGAAUGGAUUGGAGCUGGCUCUUUUGGACGCUCGCCGGGGCCCCAUGAGACCGUUGUGCUCACUGCAGAUGGCUCGUUUUCGGCUCAGUCUGGCAGAGCUGGAUGUGCAGUUGUUGUCAGUCUCGCCAGCCCGGAGGUUUUUCCGGGUCAGUUUGUUGGCUGUGUCUUCGCUGCCCUUCGCCUGACCGAGCUUGAUCUGGAUGCAGGCCUUGCGGUGCAUGCUUACAUUGCCGAAUCGUUCGGGCUGCUCUGGGCGUCUAUCCUGGCCUUUCGCUUCCCCUUUUUUGGGCCCCUUGUCUUCCGUUGCGACAACCAGGCUGCCCUCCGUGGCGUAGAGGGCUCUAACCGUAUGCUGCCGGGCCCCAUUUGUGAAUGUGCGCGCAACUUCCACCUUGCCCUCUCCAGUAGCGGCCGCCGACCCUCCUAUCAGCAUGUGGCGGGCCACUCAGGCGACUUUGCUAAUGAAUUGGCCGACGGGCUGGCAGUUAUCGCUGCCUCUGGACGCACUGACGUUGGGGGUUUUGGCUUGGAUCUCAGGCCUUGGCUAAGAGACAAUGCCCUUGCCGCUAAGUGGCUGCCGCACAAAUGUCUCACCGUUGCCCGACCGGAUCAUCUUCCAGCUUGCCGGUCCGAAGUUAUGACGUGGGAACUUAGCGAGCCUACCUCCUCCCUUCCACCUGAGGCCCUAAUGCGCCCUUUCCUUCGUCCAAUGUCACAGGGCUCUGAAGGCUCGGACGCACUUGGCCUUUUCCGCUGGACUUGCGUAUCGUACAAUGCCCUGUCUCUGCUUCCGGGCGAGAUUGCCACGGAGGCGUACCUUGAAGGGCGAGGUCCGGGAUUAUAUGGUUCCACGGGACGGGUUGCACUUCUUGGUCAAACUCUGCUUGAUAGAGGGGUGCUUUUGGCAGGCAUUCAGGAGGCUAGGACGCCACAAGGCACCUGCAAUGGUGCUGCAUACACAAGGUAUUGCUCCGGUGCAAAUGCUCGCAACUGCUACGGGGUCGAGUUGUGGGUCGCAUCUGGGCCAGGUUGGCCUAGACACAAGGCCACCAUCCUUCAUGCUGACCUCUGCCGUCUUAUUGCUCGCGUUGAGAUUGCCUCUACCGCGCUGACUGUUCUAGUCGGUCAUGCUCCUCAUAGGGCCCAUGCGGAGGACGUUCGGAAGGAAUGGUGGCGCAAAACUACGCUGUUGUGUGAACAGGUCGCUAACCCUGGCCCAUGGAUUCUCCUGCUUGAUGCCAAUUGUAGACUCGGAUCGGUUGUCUCGGACCUUGUUGACUCGCAUCAAUCAGAUGUUGAGGACGCGUCGGGCGCGUGUUUGCACGACCUCCUGCACACCGUUCAGGCCUGGUUACCCUCAACUUUUGAGUGCUGCAUGAGGGGGCCAGGUGGGACACUUCUGCAACGCAUUUCCGGGGAGCUUCAACGCUGUGAUUUUGUCGCCAUUCCCUGCUGUUGGGCCGGCUCGGAGACUCAGGCCUGGAUUGAUCCCGGUAUCACAGCGGGCCACGCCACGGCUGAUCACUUUGCAGCCGUGGUUUGUUGUAUCGUCAGACAAGGCAACUCCAAACGUGGUAAGCAACGGCGCAUUGACCCGGCGGCGUUGCUUGCUCCGGCCAAUAGGGGGAAGAUCGAGGAGAUACUCAGUCGAGUCCCGGAUCUUCCAUGGUCCCUGAACAUUAAUGAUCACGCAGCGCUUCUCUCUGAGUUUCUUUUCUCUGAACUAGUUGGCGCCUUCCCUCUCGCCGCGAAGCGCAUGCGUGGCUCUUAUUUCUCUCCAGAAACAGGGGCGGUUCAUGCCCAGAUCGCCCGUUUACGGCAUGCACUUAGGGACCGAGUUGCGGCGCAGAAGUUGGCUUUUCCGCGGUGUGCCUUCGACACUUGGCGCCAGCCGGGGCCGCAAUUCCACGAUCGCAUUGCGGGUCGCUGGUCGUCGACCUUACAGACUGUCAUUGCACUAUUAGGCCGUCAGAUCGGGCUAUUGGGCAAAGAUCUCCGCCGGCGCUGCAGGCUGGAUAAGCGAGGCUACCUGGAAGGUCUAGCCCAAGAAGUGGAUACGGCCAAGCCUGGAGAUAUGCAGCUCGCGCUGAAGCGUCUGUUGCGGCCACGCAAAUUCAGGCGUGGAGGUCCCCUACCACUUCCGUUCCUUAAGCGUCCAGAUGGGACGGUGUGUCAGACCUUUGGCCAGGUGCAGGAGGAAUGGCGCAGACAUUUCGCUGACCUCGAAGGUGGCAUCUGCGUUGAGGCUGGCGCACUUGCGGCGCAAUGCUUGCAGCGACAGGCGACGACUCCUGCUCGUGAGAGCCUGAGUUGCCACGCUAUCCCUAGCCUUGGCGCCCUGCGUGACGCAUUCAGCGGUGUUAGUGCCUUGAAAGCCACAGGGCCCGACGGACUGCCGCCUGCACUUUGCGCCCGGUUUGCUACAUCCCUUGCAACGCUUUUCUGGCCAGUGCUCCUUAAGUCCCUUUGCUAUGGCUCCGAGCCGGUUGGCUAUAAAGGGGGUACGUUGUUUCACAUCCCUAAGCCUGGAGCCAAGGAUAGAGGGUUAUGCUGUGCAGAGCGGGGGAUUUUGGUCCAGAGCUCGCUUGAGAAGGUUCUUCACAAGGUUCUCCGACCUGUUGCAAUUGCCGGGCUGGAUCGGCGUGCCCUUCCACUUCAGAUAGGCGGCAGGUCGGGCCUGAGCCACAGUAUCGGGUUCUAUUGCACCAGGCUUUUUCUUGAUUAUGCGCAGCAACAGAAUCUUUCUGCUGGCAUUUUGUUCUGCGACCUUGCCGCGGCAUAUUAUGCCAUUGUUCGGGAGACUCUGCUCGGACAUGGGUCAGGGUGCAGCUCCAUACAGGACAUUGCGGGCUCGCUCGGCCUGACUGACGCGGACAUGCAGGCCCUUCAGCACUACUCGUCUUGUGAUCCAGUUCUCACGGGAGACGGUGGAGAUGCUUUGCUGCACUCGCUCGCACAGGAGUUUCAUGCCGACUCCUGGUUCCUGCUACAACAGGAUUGCCGCGUGGUGCAUACGCGACGUGGAACUAGGCCGGGUUCUAGUUGGGCCGACGUGAUGUUUAGCCUUUUGUUUGCUAGAGUUCUGGAGCGACGGGGCACCUUUGUGGAACAGGGCUUCCAGCCUGUCAUCCCUUGGUCGGGACGCCGAUGCCCGACAGCUUUUGAUGCAAGGAGGGCUGGUCAGCAGACUGAGACUGUUCAGGAUGUUGUGUACGCAGACGACCUUGCCACAUGCAUUGUUGCCCCCUCGGCGAAGGCUCUGCCGCAAGCUGCCAGGCAUGUUGCCGGGGUGUCAUUUGACACCCUUCUUAAUCAUGGAUUGCGCCCUAAUGUUGGACCCAAGAAAACCACCGUGAUGCUGGCGCCCCGGGGUCCUGGGGCUAAAGAUGCAAGGGAGGCGGUUUUUACUCGUGCGAAAGGUCGACUUCCGGUCCUGUGCGAAAACAUUGACACUGUAACCCUCGACGUGGUGCCACAUUACCGGCACCUUGGGUCGGUGUUGGCGUUCAACGGCUCGCUGCUUCCGGAGGCGCGGGCCCGUGUUCAACACGCCAAACAGCUCUUCAAAGAGGGACGCGCCAAUGUGUUCUGCACUCCGCACAUUGCUCUCAGCAAACGCAUUCUGCUUUUCAGGUCUCAUGUGUUGUCCGCCAUGCUAUCUGGGUGUGGGGCCUGGCCGAGCUUGUGCAAAUCUAGCUGGAAGGUCCUUGACACUUGCUACUUCAAUUUGCUCCGUGCGAUGCUGCGGAUCCCACACGGGGCAGAACAGAACUGGACGAAAGAGCGAGUGCUUUCGGAAGUCGGGCUCCCCGACCUUUUUGGUCUUGUCUCGGCAGACAGACUGAGGUUUCUGGGGCAGUUGACCAGGAGCGGCCCCAACGCCGCAUUUGCGCUUAUGCAGCACUCACCGCGUGCUCUCGAAGCUUUCCGCUCGGCUGCUUGUUGGUUUGCAGAGGCUUGUGCGUCCACCACACGCCUCAGGGGUCUUGACGAGACUUGGUCUGAGUGGGUUGGCGUUUUCAUGACGCCUCGUCGCUUCCGGGGCCUCAUUAAACGUGCCACGGCAUGGCAUGUCGGGGCACUGGAGUCAGUCGCGGCCUUCCAGCGUUUUUGCCGCCGACAUUGGCUGCCGGCCCCAGCCCCGCUCCUGCCCGUCGAGGUCCCGUUCCAGACGUUUCGCCCAGGGUCUUACUUGCCGGGCUUGUGGUACCAAAUUUGCAACACUCCGACGUCACCAGAGACAUCUAAUUGUCACAUUCAGAGUGUCUCCUCCGGAGGGGGCGACUUUACACAUGUACCCGUUGCCGGACCUGAUGUCUCGGCUGAGCUUUUGCGUGAGUUGCGGGGAGGCACUUUUGCAUCCGACUCGGACAUCUUUGAGUGCAUGAAGCGCAUUGUCGAGCCUUUUCAUAUUCUGCGCAAUACGCUGCACGCUUGGAUUUCUGAGCUUGAACCAGGUCAGGUGGCUGAAUGGGCGUCUGAUGUGUUGCUCUGCUUGCAGGUUGAUUUACUGUGUGAAUCAGCUUCCAGAGUUAGGCGGGACCCUGCACAAACGGAGGACUUCGUCCCAUUGCUACGGGGCUUUGUGGUGGCCCUGCAGUGGGAGGCAUUCCCUUUCCUGACUGAUCGUGCAGACUGGCUACUGGACUUCGGCCACAUGACAGUGGAUUUGCUGGAGUCUGCAUCAGCGUACCUGAGCCUGCCGUGCCGGUUUCGCUCGCGUGGUCUUCGGCUUCAUCCUCACUCCGUGCACAGCGCCGACAGGUCUCUGGACAUAGAGGUUUGCUAG